GUGAUUGAAGAAAAUAUCAAAGGCUCCGAUACAGAAUUAAUAGUCAACGCACCUGAUAUCACCCUGGAUGAUACUGAAGAUUUAAACAAAUUUCCACCCGCUCGUUCACUGAUAAUAUGA